CAGGGGUUUUUCUUACGGGAAAUCUUGGCAACAUUGUAACACAAGCCAGGUGGACAUGCAGUCACUUGUCAGUAUAUGCCAAAUUUCUUUCUUUCAUGGAGUCUGCUUGGUGGUUAGUGGAAUAGGAUUUUCACCAUGCAGAUCUUUGUGAAGACCCUCACGGGUAAGACGAUCACCCUCGAGGUGGAGCCGUCUGACACCAUCGAGAACGUCAAGGCGAAGAUCCAGGACAAGGAGGGGAUUCCCCCGGACCAGCAGCGUUUGAUUUUCGCGGGGAAACAAUUGGAGGACGGCCGCACCCUCUCCGACUACAACAUCCAGAAGGAGUCGACCCUGCACCUGGUGCUAAGACUCCGGGGCGGAGCCAAGAAGCGCAAGAAGAAGAACUACUCCACCCCCAAGAAGAUCAAACACAAGAAGAAGAAGGUCAAACUGGCCGUGCUGAAGUACUACAAGGUGGACGAGAACGGGAAGAUCCACCGGUUGAGGCGGGAGUGUCCCGGGGAGCAGUGCGGGGCGGGAGUCUUCAUGGCCGCCAUGGAGGACCGCCACUACUGCGGCAAGUGCGGCUUCACCCUGGUCUUCUCCAAACCGGAGGAAAAAUAAUUCCCUGUUUGUUUUUUUUUAACUUUAAAAUGACUAUUAUGUAAAAUAAAAAUCGUAAAAAUUG